GCCCCCCUCGCUCCGCUCCCCUCGGCCCCUGCUCGGGCCAGCCGCAGCCAUGAACCCGUUAUUCGGCCCCAACCUCUUCCUCCUGCAGCAAGAGCAGCAGGGCCUGGCUGAGCAGGAGCCGCUUCCACCGGCGCCCCUGGGGGACUUUUUCGGCGGCGAGCUGGGCCCCGCUUCGGCAGCGCCCCCGUUCCCGGCCCCCCCCGCUGCCAUGGCCCUCCGCAAUGACCUGGGCUCCAACAUCAACGUGCUGAAGACCCUGAACCUGCGGUUCCGCUGCUUCCUGGCCAAGGUGCACGAGCUGGAGCGGCGCAACCGGCAGCUGGAGAAGCAGCUGCAGCAGGCGCUGGAGGAGGGGGGCAGCCGCCAGCGGGCUGUCCAGCGCCGGGAUCAGGCGGUGCAGACCAGCUUCGUCAGCCCCUUUCGCCCACUGGGGCUUGCCCUGGGCAGCUCCCGGCCAGCUGGGCUCGGUGCCCCCUCUAGGGUUUUGGGCUCUCCCAGCUGCCACCUCGGGGUACCAUUCACGCCUUCUUCCCAGCCUCCUACCUUGUCUGGCAGCCCCUUUUCAUCCUCAUCUCGCUUCAUGCCAGGCACCAUCUGGUCCUUCUCGCAGGCCCGUCGGCUGGGCCCAGGACCUGAGACCACCCUGGUUCAGGGGCCAGGGGUCUCGUGGGUUCACCCUGACGGGGUUGGCGUGCAGAUCGACACCAUCACCCCUGAGAUCCGGGCCCUCUACAAUGUGUUGGCCAAGGUGAAGAGGGAGCGCGACGAGUACAAACGCAGGUGGGAAGAGGAGUAUACUGUGCGUGUCCAGCUGCAGGACCAAGUGACUGAGCUGCAUGAGGAGGCCCAGGAGGCUGAAGCGUGCCAGGAGGAGCUGGCCCUGAAGGUGGAGCAGCUCAAGGCAGAGUUGGUUGUCUUCAAGGGACUGAUGAGCAAUAACCUCACAGAGCUGGAUACCAAGAUCCAAGAGAAGGCCAUGAAAGUAGACAUGGAUAUCUGCCGGCGCAUUGACAUCACAGCCAAGCUGUGUGACGUGGCACAGCAGCGUAACUGUGAGGACAUGAUCAAAAUGUUUCAGAAGCAGCUGUCUCUGCACUUGUCUCCCAUUAAGGUCCCAGCCACGGCGGGGCGGAAGCGGGAGCGGAAGCUGAUCAGUGACGAGGACACUUCGGUGUCUGAGAACGGUGCCUCCAAAAAGCCUGAAGAGGAGGAAGAUGAAGAGACCACAGCCAUGAGCAUCAAUGAGGAGAUGCAGAGGAUGCUGAACCAGCUAAGGGAGUAUGAUUUUGAGGAUGACUGUGACAGUCUCACAUGGGAGGAGACAGAGGAAACACUGCUGCUCUGGGAGGAUUUCUCCGGAUACGCUAUUGCAGCUGCAGAGGUGCAGGGGGAGGUAACACCAGCUUUAUGCUCCUGUCAUACCCCAUCUCCAGCUGCCCUCUCUCUGUCUCUGUCUCUCUCUCUGAUACAGUGUGGAUCCCUCAUUCCUCUUUAUGCUAAUUCCUACACAAAUACUCACGCAUUUCUAAAAGAUUCAUAGACUUACAGAC